AUGGCUGAGGAAGAUUGUUAUAUAAGAGAUUUUGAAGUAUUUUACACUUAACCAGUAAUAAUGUUUUAUAAAUUGAAUGAAGGUUGUUUAGAGUAAAUUUAUGGUCAAUGUCUAAUUUGCAAAGAAGGUUGGAUUUAAGAUGAAUUGCUUGAAAAUUGUCAUCCAAUUUGUGGUGAUGGGCUCAUUCAAGGUUAAGAAGAAUGUGAUGAUGGUAAUCUAAUAUCAAACGAAUCUUGUACUUUAUGCAAAUAUUCAUGUAUACAAUUUUGUUCAAUAUGUUAAUUUGGAAUUUGUCUACAAUGUUAAGAUGGAUUUUUCAUUAAUGAUAAUUUUAAUUGUGAUCCUUUAUGUGGAGAUGGUAAUUUAAUUCCUUAUUCAACUGAAUAAUGUGAACUGACCGUUAAUGGGGAAUCGGAUAAUUGUUAGGAAUGCAGAUUUAUAUCAAUUGCAAAUUGUAAAACAGACUAUCUUUCAAUUUGCUUAGAGUGUGAAGUGGGAUAUUAAAAAUUGGGAAACAUAUGUUUCCCUUAUUGUGGAGAUAAAUUGAUUCUGGAAUAAUAUGAGGAUUGUGAUGAUGGUAAUUUGUAACCUUAUGAUGGUUGUUUUGAAUGUAAGUUUCAAUGCAUUGAAGAUUGCAACAUUUGUGAAAGAGGAUAGUGCAUUUUGAAAUGUGAAAUAGGAUAUGAAUUUGCUAAUAAUGGUUGUCUUUCUGUUUGUGGUGAUCAAAUAAUCACAAAAGAAGAGGAUUGUGAUGAUGGAAAUACAAUCAUAUUUGAUGGUUGUUUUAAUUGAAGGUAUUCUUGUCCAGAAAAUUGCUUUGAUUGCUAUUAAGGUACCUGUUUAAAAUGCAAUUACCAAUAUUAAUUACUAAUUUCAAAUCAAUGCAAAUAAUAAUUAGAUUGUGGAGAUGGAUUGCUUUAGGAAUAAGAGGAUUGUGAUGAUGGAAAUUUUUUAGCAACGGAUGGAUGCAAGGAUUGUUUAAUUGAAUAAAAUUGGGUAUGCAUGACAAUAACAACAGAUUCUCUAAGCUAAUGCUCAUUUAUCAAAGCUCCAAAUUUAUUAAUUAAUUAUCUGAAUAUUACUUAAAAUAAAUAGUAUAUAAGUAUCUAAUUUAAUUAAAAAGUAAAAAUUUAAACAGCUUAACCAUUAUCAGAAACUAUAAAUUUUGAAAUAUCAAAUAUAGAAAAGAAGAACUGGAAUAGUCACUUAUAUAUUAUAUAGGAUGUUGGAUCAGAUGUAAGUUUUGGAGAAUUUAUUGUCUAAAUAGAAAUAUAAUAAUUACUUGAAUUUAGGCCAGUCUUGAAAAUUAAAGUAAAUUAGACUGUUGUUAAUAUAGAUGAUGCUGUUUUGAAUGAUGUUGAAAAAUCAAUAACUUUGCAAUAUCCAAAAUUUCUUAAUGGAAAACAGAAGUUCUAUUCAGAAAAUUUAAAAAGUCUUAAUAAAUGUAUAAUUUACAGUUUAUUUGGAAUUACAGGUUUAAGUUUACUAUUAGGAAGCGGGGAGUUAUUUGUUGAAAUUAUGGCGAUUCUUUAAUUCUAGCAAUACUUAAGAUACAUUAAUCUGUAAUAUCCAGAAAAUAUAGAGAUAUAUUUUUCUGUUAAUGAUAUGAUAACUCUUCAACCUCUCCUGGAUUUUAUCUAUUUUCCUCAACUUUUACAGUUUAUUGAUAUUUAAUAAAAUUAAGAAUAUUGUGAUGGGAAAUUUAAUGUGUAUAAAUAAAGUUCUAGCUUGA